AUGGUCUCUCUUUGCAGUCGCAACAAGUACGUUAAACACCUCCCAAUUUACCAGCGCUUGAUUCUUAUUGCCUUUUCAUAUAUAGUCAUAGUAGGACUGAGGAUCGUAUGCCGUUUGCGUUUCGGGACGUAUCAGCGGGCGGGGCUGGGCAUGGACGACUACAUCACCGUAUUCUGUCUUAUCCUCAGUCUUGUCGUAUGCAUUCUUGUCACAAUAGCAACAAACUUCGGCCUCGGGAAACAUGCAUACGAUCUAAGCCACUACGAGAAAACGAAUGCGCUUAAAUAUAAUGCCAUCAUCAAUGCGGUUUUAAUAUGGCAGUUUUCGCUACCGAAGUUUGCUAUCAUCGCUAUUCUAAAACGAAUUCUCAAUUACGGCACAAAGACGGCGGUUUUAUUUUGGACCCUUGGAAUCACCUCUCAAGCAUGCGUCUUAGCUGUAUCGAUCUGGUGGUUUAGGCAAUGCGAUCCUGUCGAUUUUGGCUGGGAUAAAAGCAUCGAGGGGGGAACUUGCGUAGAUAUCAGAGUCAUGUCAAGCCUCGCAUAUUUCACGUCGGCCUAUUCCGCUUUCCUGGAUAUCUUCUUCGCAUUCUAUCCAAUCCCUUUUAUUAUGCGCUUAAACAUGCCACUUCGAAGUCGCAUCGCUGUCGCCGGAGCUCUAAGCUUGAGCUCCUUAGCAUUCGUUGUGUCGGUUAUCAAACUAUCUGCCCUUGGAGAAGCCUUUGCUAUAUCAGCAACGGAUCCUACAUAUCCUGUACCUUAUCUUGAUAUCCUGGGGAUGUCGGAAGGGUAUAUCCUAAUAAUUUGUUCCUCGCUCCCAACUCUCGGACCCCUCUUCAGGGCGGCCAAGGGAAAAAUAUCGAGUCGCGGCGGUAGUACUAAUAAGUCUGGAGCGAAUGUUGGUUCUAGCCUACAUAGCUUACACAAGAGUUUCGGUCGUUCGAAGAACCAAAGAUCUACGAAUGAGAUGGAACGGUCGAUGGGAGGAAACUCGUCCAGUGCUGAUGAAAUACCACUGGUAACAUCACCUAUGCCGCUAUUAUCUAGCGGGAUUAAAAAGACCGUAGAUAUAUCACUGACUACGGAAGAGAUUAAACCCAAGUCAAAAACUCGCUCACAUGGCGAUAGAAUAUUUUGA